AUGACAACAGUGAACAUGAAUGCUUAUAAUACAACACCUAGUUAUAUGACUCCUGGUCAUCCUCAACAUGUUAGUUAUGGUCAACCACCACCCACUUCUGAAAGUCGUAUUGAUAAAGCCUAUGUUACAUCAAUUCGUGGCAUUCUCAAAUUUGCUUGUUUGUUAUUUAGUUUUAUUGCAUUUAUUUGUGUGACAUCAACAUCACAAUGUAAUGGUAACCAUGCAUUUUUGGCUUCUGUUACAUGGCUUGUUAUUAUAAUGCAAGUUAUAAUUAUUAUUGUUUUUCUUUUUCGACUUAAAACAAGAUUUACUGGUAUUGAUUUUGAAUUGUUGGAUUUCUUUGCAACAACUCAUGAUGCACUUUAUCUUUUGAUUGCAUCAAGUGUAACUAUUCAUUAUUGUCGAAUUCCAGGUCAAGUUGCUGGUGGAGUUAUGGGAAUUUUUGCAUUUAUAUUUUUGGCUGCUGAUGCUGUGACUAUUUUCUUGGCUCGUCGAGAUGAACCAGCGCCUAAUAUAAAUAACAAUGAUAUUCGAUAA